UUCUGAAGGAGGAACGAACGACCAAGCAGUCUUUUCUUUCGAAGGACACUUGACAAAAACACUAAAACGAAGAACUAAAAAUAAAUAACAAUGGAGUUUGAGGAUCACGCUUACACCAGCACCACUUAUGACAAAACCAGACCCGUGGAGUUCACGUAUAAAAUGACUACUAAUGAAAUCGAGGAGUUUGUGAAGCUGAGGGUUUCAAAUAAUUACCUCUUCUCUGGAAGGAGAAAUACCUCCAUGUGGGCAUGGAGGGCCAUCCUGAAACACAUGGGCCUGCAAAACAAGAUGACUCAUAUUCAAGCAUCCAAAAAGUGGGAGAACAUGAAGAAAAGAUACAAGGAUCUAAAGAACCCUCCAGAUGGGGUGAAAGUGUUCCCUGAUGCAUGGCCUUAUUUCAAUCUGAUGGACGACGCCAUGGAGGGUCGGCUGGAAGGCAACGCCCCCAUCCUCAAGGCCCUCUCCAACACUUGCGAUUUCGUAGCCAUCUCCAGACCCAAGAGGAGGAAGGUGGUGACCUCCCCCGUGCCUUCGUUAACAGGCGGGCCAGAGAUCGAGGUGUCGCUGAAUGGAGAUGAGGACGAAGAAGGAAACCAGGAGAUGGAUAACGCCAUGCAAGAGAUGGAGCACGGGAGGAGCUUGAUGGACAGUGAAAGACAGGUGAUGGAGAGGGAGAAACAGGUGAUGGAGAGGGAGCGGCAGGUGCUACAGAGGGAGAGGGCGGUGCUGGAACGGGAGGUCGCCGCUCUGGACCGAGACCGAGCCUCGCUGGAGAGGGAGCGGGCGACGAUAGAGAGGGAGAAGGCGGUGAUGGAGAGGGAGAGGGUGGCGAUGGAGAGGGACAGAGAUGCUGUGAGCAGGGAGCGGCUGGCGCUGCAGCAGGAGAGAGCACGACUGGAGAGAAUGUCUGCACCCAAAGAAAGGACUGAGGGGGUGACAGAAGAGAGCAGCGGGGUGAGCGACUCAGACGUCACGGACAGGAAGGAGAGGUUCCUCAACCUGUUUGAAAAACUGAUUGAAAAUGUUUGAUUUAUGUUUUUUUUUUUUUUGCACCAAACUUUCCCCCCAAAAACACACUUCUGGUUGCAUCUGCGUAUUAGAGGUCGACUGAUGUAUUGGUUUGGCUGAUAGGACGUUAAACGAACCAUCGUGUGGUAUGUGGACGAUGGCUGCCACUUCCUGGUUCAAAUUAAAAUCUGUUGUUUCAAAAUAUAAGCCCUAUAGUGUUUCAUACACAGUCAAGCCAGCAGCAGCCUCUGAGGCUGAAUGAAUUAAUAACGCCAACAUGAGAGUGACGAAAACUCUAGUUCAAACAGCGACUUGAGGCUGGCCUGAGAAGCCAGUUAGUUCCCAUGCACACCCAAGUGCCCAAUUUACAGCAGAAAUUAACAUGUUUACAGCCUGGUACAUAAACAUGGUUCUGUUCUCUAACGCUAAUUUAACAUUCAUGACAAUUGUACAAGGUGCAAAUGUUUGUAAGACUCACCAUUUGCAUUUUAUUAAGGGUCAAAGUUACGUAUAAUUAAGGACGGGCCGCUCUGAUGGACAGGCUGUCUGCUGAUAGCGUCCUCGGCCUCUCAGUCAGAUCCACCCCUUCACCUCCACAGCACCACCUUCUCACCCAAAUAUGGUCACGUAUAAAUCCAAAAAAACAAGAUGGCGACGGCCACGCCGCGGAACUGUAGGCUUCAAAAUAGGAGUCCACACACCAGUGGGGGGCAUCACAGUAGCUAUGUGCAGUAUUUUUACAGUCUAUGGUUUUGACCAAGUCUUGUUUGUGUGUUGUAUGAAUCCUAAACUACGUUUACACGCACAAAAUAUUCAGUUUUUUGCCGAAUUCUGAAACACAGUAUUCCUACUAAGCAUUUUACAUGACUAAUGAAAAUGAAUAUUCCACUAAUAUUCCCGUUUACACGCCGCCCUGCAUACUCUGAUUAAUGUGCCUUAACAAUAUGGAAAAGUGGAACGACUAGAGCUGCUUGUCAUUUUGCUUCUUUGCAUCAAAACAGGAUUUUUUUCAAAGUUUCAGACUUCAGACUUGUUGAACAUGGUGGUAACACAACCUCCUUCUUUCAUUCCUUCAAUGACCUUCUAGAACAGGGGUCUCAAACUCAAAUUAUAGCUGCUGCGCAGCGAUGGGUCGGGUCCGGGUAUAUUUAGGCAAUUCUGAGCAACAAGCAGAAGAAUUGGAAGACAUUUAGCAACACAAUCUGCCUUUUGCAUCAGCUGAGGCUUGAACUCACAACCUCUGAGACUAAGAAUCAAUUUCUAUCUCACUGAGCUAAUUAGUCAGUGACAAUUCAUGUGUAGCUUCACAAAUUGACUAAGCCAGACGUGCAGGUUUAGCAGCCGUCCAUGCAUGGAAAAGCAGAUUUCAAACCACUGUAAAAAAUUCAGUUAUCGAAACAAAAAUCUGAAAAUACACAUAUUGCAUCUAGACAGCAUGGAGAUGUUGGUAAUUUGUUUGUAACAAUGAUUGAUUUGCUCCAUAAGUGAAAAACUGAUGUUUAAAAUUGCCAUUUUUACAUUGACUCCAAUUGUUCACAUUAGAGCAAAAUUCAAAAUGCUGUCAAAAAUUCAGUUUUUGAGAUAAAAUUCUGAAAUUUGCCACACAUCAUCUACCAUGACUCUAGAAUUUUGUCAUUUUUUUCAUGAACAUUGAAGAUUUAUUUAGCAAGAAUUUGCAUGUAUAUGUUUACAGUACCGUUUACAGUCAAACAUUUUGAUGCACUGUAGGCUCAAUUUUUGAUAAAUCAAAAAUCUGAGAAACGUAGUUUUUGUAGGACAGUCUGAAGAUGCUCUGUAGCAAGUUUGGUGUCAAUUGAGCAAAAAUUGUGGGAGGAGAUAGGUUUAAGAAGUUUUACAGUUUUUGAAAAAAACAGAGUGAUGAACUUCAUAAUUUUUAAUAGGUUUAAAUGUACAAAAGUUUCUUCAGUAUUGGGGCUACAGUUUGAUGAAAGUUGUGAAGUUGUAGCACGUAUGGUUGAUUUGUUAUGAAUUUUCAAAGUUUUGAACUUUAGAUGCUUGCUGUAGCGCCACCAUCAGGACUAUUGGCUUGAGUUUACAGCUGAGGAUAUCUGGCAUGAGACUGGACCUUUGUGCAAAGUUUGGUGAGUUUUCACCCAUGGGAAGUAUGAUUUGCUCGGAAGAAGAAAGAAGUAUUCAAGUAUUCCACAAAAAGUUGAAAUAAAAAAACAAACGUUCAACUGUUUGAACAACUGUACUUCUCAACAUGAACUAUUUUUUGACUUGCUACCAGACACCUGAGAGUGCUUCUUCUCAGACAGCCUGGCCACAUUUGCUCUGAGGGAGGCGGCAGUUGAAACCCUCAAUAUGGCUUGAAGAUGAGCAUCACUGAGUCUGGACCUAGUCUUUGAUUUAUUAAAGUACAUGGUGGAGAAUAGUUUUUCACAGAUAUAUGUGCUUCCAAAAAGGCACAUGGUCCUCUUGAACAUCCUGGAAAGCUCUGGGAAG